AUGGUAAAGAAGGGGUUGAGAUUUGAACAAUUGACGACAUUUGCUCACCAUCAGUGCGCGUGGUUUCUUUGCAUCUAUGGUAUAAAUUCCCAAGCCAUUUAUGCUUUUGCUUUGCUUUUUGCAUUUCAUGUGGCUGCUGCAAAUGGAAAAAGAAAAAACAAACCCUUCCAGAAAGCCCUAAAACCCUCUUCCCAUCUCACUCACGCCCGCGCAGACACUUCCAAACCCUAUUCACAUCUCGAUCUACUCUUGCAAUUCACGAGAUCGGAAAACUGCGAUACAAUGUCGUUGAGGGUGCUGAAUCCGAAUGCGGAGGUGCUGAACAAGUCAGCGGCACUUCAUAUGAACAUAAAUGCCGCCAAGGGUUUGCAGGAUGUCCUCAAAACCAACCUCGGACCCAAGGGCACUAUUAAAAUGCUUGUUGGUGGAGCUGGUGACAUUAAACUCACCAAGGAUGGCAACACGCUUUUAAAAGAGAUGCAAAUUCAAAACCCAACGGCCAUAAUGAUUGCAAGGACAGCUGUUGCUCAAGAUGAUGCAAGUGGAGAUGGUACUACUUCCACUGUCCUCUUUAUUGGGGAGCUCAUGAAACAAUCAGAACGCUACAUAGAUGAAGGGAUGCACCCACGUGUUUUAGUAGAUGGUCUUGAAAUUGCUAAAAGAGCAACACUACAAUUUCUUGAAAAAUUUAAGACACCUGUGGUAAUGGGGGAAGAGCCAGAUAAAGAGAUACUGAAGAUGGUAGCAAGAACAACAUUGAGGACAAAGUUGUACGAGGCAUUGGCAGAUCAACUGACUGACAUUGUUGCAAAUGCUGUGCUCUGCAUUCGUAAACCUGAAGAACCUAUUGACCUUUUUAUGGUCGAGAUAAUGCACAUGCGCCACAAGUUUGAUGUGGACACUCGUUUGGUUGAAGGUCUUGUUCUUGACCAUGGUUCAAGGCAUCCAGAUAUGAAACGCCGAGCAGAGAAUUGCUACAUUUUGACCUGUAAUGUAUCACUGGAAUACGAGAAAAGUGAAAUAAAUGCAGGAUUUUUUUACACAAAUGCAGAGCAGAGAGAAGCAAUGAUUGCAGCUGAAAGACGUUCUGUUGAUGAAAGAGUGCAGAAAAUUAUUGAUCUCAAGAACAAGGUCUGCACUGGUAAUGACAACAACUUUGUCGUUAUCAAUCAAAAAGGAAUUGAUCCUCCAUCACUGGACCUUCUUGCUCGAGAAGGAAUAAUUGGCUUGCGAAGAGCAAAGAGGAGAAAUAUGGAAAGAUUGGUGUUGGCUUGUGGUGGAGAGGCUGUAAAUUCGGUUGAUGACCUAAACCCUGACUGCCUUGGUUGGGCUGGAUUGGUCUAUGAACAUGUCCUCGGAGAAGAAAAAUAUACAUUUGUGGAAAAUGUGAAAAAUCCACACUCUUGUACAAUCCUCAUCAAAGGACCUAAUGAUCAUACAAUUGCUCAGAUUAAGGAUGCAGUUCGUGAUGGACUAAGGGCAGUAAAAAAUACCAUUGAAGAUGAAGCUGUUGUACUGGGUGCUGGGGCUUUUGAGGUUGCAGCCAGACAAUACCUUGUUAACGAAGUGAAGAAAACUGUUCAAGGGCGUGCCCAACUGGGUGUGGAAGCUUUUGCUGAUGCCCUGCUUGUGGUUCCAAAGACACUUGCUGAAAACUCUGGCCUGGACACUCAAGAUGUGAUUAUUGCGCUUACGGGAGAACAUGACAAGGGAAAUGUAGUAGGACUUAGCCAACACACUGGAGAACCUAUUGACCCCCAAAUGGAGGGGAUCUUUGACAAUUACUCUGUAAAGCGUCAAAUCAUUAACUCAGGCCCUGUAAUUUCUUCGCAGCUGCUAUUAGUGGAUGAAGUUAUCCGUGCUGGGCGUAAUAUGCGGAAGCCAAAUUAA